AUGACCAUGCUGUUCAUCGCAAUCGGGAUAACGGCUGUGCUGUUCUCUCCGAAGUUUGACAGUUUCAAUGCUCUUUCGGUGGAUUAUUUAGUUCGCUACAUGCUCGAGUGCUACGUGUUUUGCCGUCUGGUGUCUGACUUCAACGAAACGCAUUACCAGAUUGCCCAUAAGCUGUCCAAAUUUCAAUGGGGAGUCAAGUUGAGGUACAGCCAGCAGUUUGCCCAGCAGUAUAAGCAAGUUCGUUCGACGGUUCUGAUCGUGAUGCUACAGUCACAGCGUAGCUUGAAAUUCAGCUGCGGUGGACUGUUCGAGUUGACGAUGGCAAGGUACACCAGUAUCGUUAACAAGUCCUACACGUUGACCAUGUAUUUUUGGAACUUGAAAAGUUUGACUCAAACUGAUGGAACGAUGGGCAUUCCCACUUGA